AUUAGUGUGGUGCAUGUUUUGACAAAAAUAUCUAUUACAAGAGUGUGAAUGGUGAUACUGCUAGUGUUUAAAACGUAGUUGAAAUGUCCCGCUACACGGUGGACAUGGAGUUUUGAGCAGAUCGGUGCGUUUCGAUCGUGAAUUCGUGCGUAGAAAAAUAGUCCCUUGCCGCAGGGGUACUGCGGGUGUGUGUAGUGUCAAACCUCGGCCGAAGCGGGUGGGUUUCAAAGCAAAUGCGCUAGCAAAGGAAGAAGAAACGAAGAAGCGGAAGGAAAGAAGCGAGUGGUGGCGUGUGAACUUGUGUGUGCGGGCAUCGGUAAAGAGAAGAAAAGUGUCCGCCAGAAAAAGCAGCACGACUGUGAGAAAGAGCAACGAAGCAUCAUACGUAGACGGGUGACUGUGUGCGUGGAAAAGUGAGCAAGGGCAGCGAAAGAAAAAGGAGCGCUCAAUUGGUGACAACGAAGCAUACCGAUGCGUUAGCUGAGUGAGUGAAAUAGCACGUACCGAUCCCGCGCAGUAGUGUGUAUUCUCAGCGGAACGGAGCAUCAGUGUAGUCUGUAGUGUUCGGGAAGAGGUGUGCUAACGCUUUACGCAAGAGUGAUAGACGAAGAGUCACCAACAGUUUAAACUGGCGUGGUUGAAACACAGCAAGCGACUAUAAUCACCAUCAAUGCAUAGUGAGGAUGAUUUAAUUGCUCGAGCACACAACCAGCAAACGACACAGCAAAUCACGACCAUCACGAAGGUCGUACGCGAGGUGAAGCAGUUGGGACCGGAUGCUGGACAACCGUUCGACUAUGUAGCAAUGCCUCUAGACAUGGGAACCGACGGACAACCAAUCGACUACGUGUCGAUGCCGAUGGGUAUGUACACGACCCGGACGCAGUACUUGAACUUCAACCACAUGGACCAGCCGGAACAGAUGGUGGGCGGUCCGCCCCAAUCGCAUCUACCGCCGGGCACAAAGGUGAUGGGCGGCGGCGGUGGCGGUGGCGGACCGGGCGUUCCCGGGUCAAUGGGAGGCGGUGGUGGUGUUGGGGGCGGCCAGGGACACUAUCAGGAUUACGAGCAUUACGCGCAGUACACGGACGCUGGGUACGAUCUCGGACAGGCGGCACACCAUCCGGCCCACGCGCAAUCGUAUCUCGGCGAGUAUCAGAUGAACGAUCGCUCCAACACACCGCACACAUCGAGCGAGAACAGUGAAUCCUCCAUUCCCAUGCCGAUGAGCGUACCGCAGAUGGGCAAUCCGUCGGCGAACCUGAUGGGUGGCCCCGGUGGUUACCUCCAGGGCCAGUACGACGAGAUGGGCGAAUACGUCAUAGCACCCUCGCAAGGUGGACCGGUCGAUCGGCUCUACCCGGACAAUCCGUCGGCAAUGGUGUACGGGUACGUGUCGACGCCUCCGUACGGCACGAUCAGCUCCCACAUGGAUCCGAACGGUGGUGUCGAACCGACGUACGCGACGAAGCAGCAGCUCGCGUACGAAGCUGCCAGUGCACAGCAGCGGGCCGGCGGUGGUGUGGUCGGUAACGUCGCACCGGACGGUUCGUGUUACUACGACGGGGAUGACGAUCUGCACCAGCAGCUAUCGAACCUGCAGAUACAUAAUCACGUGUUUUUACAGCACAUAAUCACGUCGCCGGGCGGUAACAACCGGCCGGGGGUGAGUGGUACCGCUAACGGUGGCGGUGGCGUCCCGGACGGUAGUGGCGGUGUGGUCGAUAUGGACGAGCAGCGCCAGAUGAAGUGGCGCGAUCCCAAUCUCACCGAGGUGAUCGGAUUCCUCAGCCAUCCGAACAACGCAAUCAAGGCGAAUGCGGCCGCCUAUCUGCAGCAUCUGUGCUAUAUGGACGACCCGAACAAGCAGCGGACGCGCACGCUCGGCGGCAUCCCGCCGCUGGUGAAGCUGCUCGGGCACGAAAAUACCGACGUCUUUCGGAAUGCGUGUGGCGCCCUGCGGAACCUAUCCUACGGGCGGCAGAACGACGAAAACAAACGUGCAAUUAAUGCGGCCGGCGGCAUCCAGGCGCUGAUCCAUCUGCUGCGCCGGACGGCCGAGUCCGACAUCAAGGAGCUGGUGACGGGCAUCAUCUGGAACAUGUCGUCCUGUGAAGACCUGAAGCGUUUCAUCAUCGACGAUGCGGUCGUGGUGAUCGUGUCGUACAUCAUAAUUCCACAUUCGGGCUGGGACCCCACCAACCCGGGCGAAACCUGUUGGAGUACGGUGUUCCGCAACGCGUCCGGCAUACUGCGGAACGUCAGCUCGGCUGGUGAGUACGCGCGGAAGAAGCUGCGCGAGUGCGAGGGACUGGUCGAUUCGCUGCUGUACGUCAUACGGAUAGCGAUCGAGAAGUCGAACAUCGGUAACAAGAUCGUGGAGAACUGUGUGUGCAUACUGCGCAAUCUUUCGUACCGGUGCCAGGAGGUGGAAGAUCCCAACUACGACAAAAACCCUAUUCCACACCACGGUUCCGAUGGUGGGGUGAGUGGUGGAUCGCACAGUGGUAGCGGUGGUGGUGCGAUCGUAGUGAGCGCCGCAUCUUCCAAAGGCGAAAAUCUCGGCUGCUUCGGGGCGAGUAAAAAGAAAAAGGAACAGCAGGCAGCAGCUGCCGCUGCCCAGCAGCUGGCUGCCGCCGAUAAGGACCACUCGAGUGCCAACGGUGAUCCGGCACGAAUGGCGUACAAAAACACUGCUCACUAUAAAGGAGCCGAACAGCUGUGGCAACCAGACGUUGUACAUUCUUAUCUUGCCUUACUGCAGAGCUGUUCCAAUCCGGAAACGCUUGAGGCGGCGGCCGGUGCGCUGCAGAAUCUGGCCGCCUGUUACUGGCAGCCGAGCAUAGAGAUCCGGGCGACCGUGCGCAAGGAGAAGGGUUUGCCAAUCCUGGUCGAGCUGCUGCGCAUGGAGGUGGACCGGGUGGUGUGUGCGGUAGCGACGGCUCUACGCAAUCUAGCAAUCGACCAAAGAAACAAGGAGCUGAUCGGGAAGUACGCGAUGCGCGAUCUGGUGCAGAAGCUACCGUCGGGGAACCCCCAGUGCGACCAGGGCACGUCCGACGACACGAUAGCGGCCGUGCUGGCCACGCUGAACGAGGUGAUCAAGAAGAAUGCGGAGUUUGCGCGAUCGCUGCUGGAUGCGGGCGGUGUCGAGCGGCUGAUGAACAUGUCGCGGCAAAAGUCGAAGUAUACGCCGCGCGUGCUUAAGUUUGCCAGCCAGCUGCUGUUCACGAUGUGGCAGCAUCAGGAUCUGCGCGACGUUUACAAAAAGCACGGCUGGAAGGAGCAGGACUUUGUGACGAAAACGAUAGCGUCGCGAAAUCUGAACAGCAGCAACGGUGGCGCAGGCGGCAGUUACAGCGACAACUCGCCCAACUCACCCAACAACACCCUCAACCGUCCGAUGGCAUCGCAGAGCGGUACCAGGUACGAGGAUCGCACCAUGAAACGUCAACAGGGAUCCUCGUCGGCGAACAAUGGUGGCCAGGCCAUGUCUUUACCUCCGGGCGAUGGCACCAUCAAGAUGGGAAGAUGAAUGGACAUGCUAUCGGCCACCGAGUACUGAUAGCUCUAAUUGUGCAGAUAUCGCAUUUAAGCAGUGACACAUGCCACCAACCGUAAUCUCCGCUGUGAGAUUACGCUUAGAAUCGAAAGCGGGAAAGACAUAUUAAUGUUGACACCACACCACACAAAGGUGUGACGAAUGGUGAUGCCACCCAAAAGGAGUUCCAGUAGUAGCAUAGCAGCAGCAGCAGCAGCAGCAGCAGCAGCAACGCGUGUGUGAAUAUAACCGCAAACUACACACCAAGCAUCUCACGCUUUUCCAUCUUCGGUGGGGAAAGGAAAUGGAGACGACAUGGAUGGAUGGAGUUGGAUAGUAGAAGAGUAUUGUUUUCGUUCAUUGCACUGGCUUCCAAAUUCUCUUUCUAUCUCUCUUUCUCUUUCUCUCUCUCUCUCGACAAACACACACACACGCACGCACACAACCUGUUCCAAUAUUAUUCUUCAUUAUUAACCUCAAAGUAUAGCUGACAUCCAUUUGUCACAACCACUAGUAGGUAGCGUAGACAAAGUCAUGUAAGCAGAUAGUGUACAGCAAAGCAAAAAACAAAGAAGGAUUAUUAUCUGUAGUGUUGCUCUUCCCCCGAUUGGUUUCUGUAACAUUCGCUUCAGUGUGGGAUGUUACUGUUGGAAAUGGUGUGGGACACACAUGGAAUGGAAUGGUUUUACGCGAUCGCACGGCGCCAUUACCUUGCCGCGUUUAAUGGUGCUCAUUCUGGGUUUGUUGGUCUGUUUGAUGAAAACCUUUUUUUAUGAAUUUCGUUUGAUCGGAAUAUCUUCAAGCAGAAGGGUAUUAGCAAAUAAUUUGUUAAAAUAUUCCACGAGGAAAAUACAUUCGUGGAGAAUGUUAAACAAAUUCCAAUGCACUUUCUUAGCUUAGUGUACCUACCGCUUCGUCGUUCUGUACUUUUUUUUUAACGGAUGGAACCUCGUUUUAAUUCAAUCACAAAAUAGGAAGAAUCGAUGUGAUAAACCAUAUUUCCUACUGGUUCCUAGUGUAAAACUGUGGAGUUCAAGCACAGUAAGGACAUGAUUUUGGCACCAAUCGUUUUUAUCCAAAAAAUCCAACCAAUAGUGACCGAUUCAACAAUCCACCUCUAUCUACCCAAUGCAUCGGUCUCAUGCACUAUGUUUUCACUCUUAACAUCGAUUGUCUUAUCUCAAAAAAAAAACAAGCGUAGAACAUAAAAUGGAACACCGAUAAGUCUUUUACACGGAUGUGAAGCAACUGGAUUAUUAUUAAAUUCUACAAAACAUAUAGUGGCUGGUAAAAUAAGAUAACUUUACAGCGCAUAACAUUACCAUUAUCUUACCUCCCCUUUUUGCAAAUGAGAACAGGAGAGCAUAUACAACCAAACCAAACGUUUGAAUGCACAUAGUGGUGCGCUCGCAAAAGAACUGAACAAAUGGUGUCGUUAUUCAACCCUCAACCUAUGUUUAAAGCAAAAACAUUCCUCAGUAUAAGCUCACAGCAGCGGAACGAACGGAAGCGUACAAUCGCGUCGAUUAGUGUCGAUUUUUUGGAUCUCUAAUGCAUUAAGGCUUUAGUAUGGGAAGCCAUGCCGGGCAAAAGGACGGACGGACCUACGAGUCGAGAACCCGCAGUGUGUGUGUGUGUAGUGGUGUGUUCAAGAGUGCACGGGUAAUGGAGCGGGACAAAUACGGAUAAAGGCAUGACGCAUCACUCUACCAGAGACACUGUUGACAACAUUAAAAUAAUCAUUCAAGUCAUUUAACGAAACGAUACAUCUCUUAGCGGCAAAACACACACAAGGAUCAAUGUAACUCACGUUAAACGAACGACAUAUUUAUCAUCAUUACUCUGCAUACGUAUUAAAUUGAACCUUUUUCCCGUAGUCCUGCGGUUGGCACACGGGGUUGCAGGUGGAGUGAAGCAAAGAGAAUUGCUAACGACAACACACAAGAGGGCUCGGGGGUGUGUUUGUGUGCGGGGAACGCACGCAUUCCAACAUGAGAAUAGAACGCAAAAACGCAUACACACAAACGUAUUUAUUAUAGGCAUAUUUGCACUUCGACAGUAUAAAAAACCCGACACAAACACGCCGAGCACCAUCCUUGCCGCGAAGAAGCAGCAUUAAGCAAAAUUAUUCCCUUUUCAUUUUCGUUGUAUUGUCUCCAUGUUGUACAGCUCUCCUCCUUCCGGGAUAGUGAGCACGAAAGCUCGAAGGGCCCACAGCUGUUUGGGCGCACCUACGAACCAUGGGGGUGACAUGUAUGCGUGUGCAGGACACAAACCUCCUCCCCGUAGUGUGUGCAGCCCAUUCAAUCAAUUUUACUUCCCCGCACUCGAACUUACUCUCGAAGUACGAUUGAAGCGAUUGAACAAUGGAAACAAACACUAUGCUAGCUCAAAAGUAAAUAUAUAUAUACACACACACACACAUGUAUUGCGACAGCAAAUAAUGGAAUAUUUGGAAAUGUACUAAAUACUAUCGUGUAAAAGAAGGGACAGCAGGAACAAACGUGUAGGUUAAAACACAAGUAGCUCAUAUACAAAAUUCAGCCAUAGCACUUAACGAGGCACGAUGCCGUUGUCUUCUACACUUGACUGUUAGCCGAAAACCACAAGCAUUGCUGGCCGAAAGGGGGCACAUAAUCACAACCACUAAUUAUUAGUUGAUUUGGUCCAUUUUCUAGGUAACCCCCCCAAUCUACAUCACGUGCGCGCCUCGGUGCUUAAAAUCGUGCAUUUUCCUCUCUAUCUCUCUCACACACACGCUCACACAUACAUACACUCAGACUCACCUUUCACACCUUUCCGAGAAGCAAGUAGAGAAAGUCGGAAGAUAUACAGUAAAGUAAGCAAAACAAAUUAAAAAAAAAACAAAAAUAACAAGAAAACAGGAUAACUUGCAAAUGCAAAUGGAAAUGAAAUUUCUUCGAACGAUUUCUUCGCUCCUUCACAAUUGAAUCGAA